AACAAGUUCGGAUACGGCUAUUGAGUACUUUGAAUCUUACUUCUGUUUAUGUUCCCCUCGAUUUACAGUCAGAUUUUUAUGAUGGGGCUGUCUUUUGCGAAGCUGUUCAGUGGGCUUUCUGCGAAUUCUUAUGGUAGGUCUUUAUGCGGCUGGUGAGAUCGCCGUUCUGUAUAAACUCAAGCUUGAAGAGAUUGUGAGUACUAUUCCCAUAAUUGGGUGUAAGACUGUGGAGUAUAGAACAUCAACUUCACCGUUUUAAAUUUUCUUGAUUGCUUCGGCCCAGUACAGGAGCAUGGAAGGACAGGGAGGAGAGAUACGAUCUAGCGAGGAAGAGAAUCAUGGAGGAAAUGCAGCAGCAGGGACACCAUCCGUCGUGCAAAACGCGGCCGGAGAACGUGAAGUACAUUCGACAUCAUCCAAGGAUUCCAUCUUCAGAAUUCCAGGCUUGUUUAAAAUGCGUAAUAAACAGGCUUAUACGCCCUAUAAAUUCUCAAUUGGUCCCUGGCAUUUCGGCAAAACACAGGAGUUGCGCGCGGGACAAAAAUGGAAAGAGUCCUUUCUUGAACAACUCAUUAAUCAUUUCUCAGAUCCAGCAGCAAAGAAGAGAGAGUUGGAAGAAUCCAUCAAAAAUGUGUGUGACAAUGCUAGAGAAUGUUAUGUUUAUGAUGCGGGAAAAAAUAUGGAUGGGGCCAAAGAAGAAUUUGAGAACAUCUUGCUACUCGAUGGUUGCUUUAUUAUCGAGUUGUUGCGCAGGAGAAGUCAUCCGUUUCGUCUUUCAGGGGAUAAUUAUCAAUUUAUUUAUCACGACCUAUUAUUGCUAGAUAACCAAAUACCUUGGUUUGUGCUUGAGCUCUUGUUUAACAAGACCAAUGAUUACUCCGAUUGCCCGAAUCAAUCUUUGGUUGAGUUGGCCAUUGAAUUCUUUGGACCUGUUAUUCCCCCCUAUAAAAGUCAACGUCAACUGCAAAUUUCAAAUAUUUUACACCUGGUCGAUUUUGUGUGGUAUUUCUUGGUUGGCUCACGAACAAAGAAUAUGGAAGGCAUUUUUGAGUGGGGUUGUAGGUUAUCUAUUCCAUCUGCUACCAGACUCGAAGAGGCAGGAAUCAAAUUUCAGAAAAUCGAGUCAGAACACCCCUUGGAUGUAACAUUUGACAAAGGUGUCUUUAAAAUCCCAUGGUUGCGGAUUGAUCCACUGACAGAAACAAUUUUCAGGAACCUCAUCAUCUAUGAGCAAUGCUCUAAUUUUGCCCCACGUGUGACAUGGUAUGGCGUGCUCCUAGAUUGCCUGGUCAACACCUCAGAUGAUGUGGAUUUAUUGAGUAGAGAAGAAAUUUUUGAUAACAGGAUCAGCUCUGAGGAGACAGCUAAUUUCUUUAACAGGGUCUGUGAUAACGCUGUCAUGACUGGUUUCCGUUAUGCACAACUUUGCCAAGAUGUCAACGAUUAUUGCAAGCGGAGAUGGCCGACGUGGCGAGCUUCUUUGAUCCGGAACUAUUUUACUAAGCCAUGGGCUAUCGUUUCUGUAGUUUUUGCCACGAUCGUUUUACAUUUCACCAUCAUGCAGGUUUUCUAUAAGUAAUUUUUCUAGUACUUUUUAAGAUUAGCGAAGAUACUAUCCGUUGCUCUGUAUAAUCUUUUCUAUCAAUAUUGUAUCAACGUAUCUUUGCUUCCUAUCUUUUGCUCAGUAGAAUAUUUUGAUCAAUAUUCGAUCGAUCUAUCCUCGCUUUCCGAUCUAUCUUUGCUUACUAUCCUUUGCUCAGUAGAAUUUGAAGCUGUGAGUGAAAAUGUGGAAAUGGAAACACGGGAGAGCUUAGGAUGGAAGGUUUUUGAAAAGGAAUAGAUCCAGCGGUCCUUU